AUGCCUGGAAAUGAACUUUCAGACUUUUUUAACAAUAUACCACUAGUUACGCGAUACUGGUUCUCUGGAACAAUUUUGUUUUCACUUCUGGGAAGAUUAGGACUUAUCGAUCCGAUGAACAUGAUCUUGUUGUGGAGUAGUGGGUACAAGUUUCAGAUAUGGAGGCCCAUUACUGCUUUGCUGUUUUAUCCAGUCAAUCCGCAAACGGGAUUCCACUUUUUGAUUAACCUUUAUUUCCUUUAUUCCUAUUCUUCAAGACUCGAGAGUGGAAUGUUCUUUGGUCGAACGGCGGACUACGUUUUCCUCAUGUCGUUCUGUUGGAUUUUAAACGUCGUAUCCUUUCGUUUCGUUGGGUUUAAUGGCCACACUGUCCUAAUGUUUCAGUUUUCAGCUCGUACAACCAUUAGACCUACAGUUUCAUGCGCCGAUUUCGAUUGUUGUCUCAUAACUGCUUUCUUGGAUGAAGGGGUUCCCUUAGUUUUGAUUCUAGUACAUUUUUUAUUUCAGCUAUCAAGCUCUGCUCACUUUGACGGUUUUCAUGUAUGGGUUUAA